UUGUUUUACAUGAACCACCUAUAUCGUGCGUUACAGUUUUAGUUGUAUCAUCCAGGUUGGGCCGACAAUCAGCAGGACACAACCAACCACACCGAUGUCCUCGUCACGUGAUCUGCUCAGAUCUGCUCCCGCGGACAUCUGCAAAAUGGAGGACCAUGAAGCUAAAGAACCAGAGCAGCUCAGAAAGCUGUUUAUUGGAGGUCUGAGCUUUGAAACCACGGAGGAGAGUUUACGGGCCCAUUUUGAACAAUGGGGAAGUCUCACCGACUGUGUGGUGAUGAGGGACCCCAACAGCAAGAGAUCAAGAGGGUUUGGCUUUGUAACAUACUCCUCUGUAGGGGAAGUUGAUGAGGCUAUGAAAGCAAGGCCUCAUAAAGUAGAUGGCAGAGUUGUUGAACCCAAGAGAGCCGUGUCCAGAGAGGACUCCAAUAAACCAGGUGCCCAUCUGACAGUGAAGAAGAUCUUUGUUGGCGGAAUUAAGGAGGACACUGAGGAGUACCACAUUCGGGAGCAUUUUGAGAAGUAUGGAAAGAUCGAGUGCAUUGACAUCAUGGAGGAACGCUCCACUGGGAAGAAGAGAGGAUUCUGCUUUGUGUCCUUUGACGACCACGACACUGUAGACAAAAUUGUCGCCCAAAAAUUCCACACAAUCAACUUCCACAAUUGUGAGGUCAGGAAAGCUCUCUCAAAACAGGAAAUGAGUGCUAUAUCCACUAACAGAGGCAGGAGCGGAGGAUCUGGAAACUUCAUGGGGAGAGGUAGUAAUUAUGGAGGUGGUGGCAACUUCGGCCGAGGUGGCUAUGGAGGAGGACGAGGUGGUUAUGGGGAUGAUUUUGACAAUGGUCCAGGAGGAAAUUAUGGUGGAGGACCAGGUUAUGGAGGAGGCAGGGGGGGCUAUGGAGGUGGUGGUCCAGGGUAUGGCAACCAGGGUGGUGGAUUUGGUGGCAGCUGUGAUGGAGGUUACGGGGGUAAUGACGGCGGAUAUGGAGGGGGUGGAAAUUACAACGACUUUGGAAAUUAUGGUGGACAGCAGUCCAGUUAUGGGCCCAUGAAGGGAAAUAACUUUGGUGGCAGAAACUCGGGCGGACCCUAUGGUGGUGGCUACAGCUCUGGCGGGGGCGGCGGCGGAGGUGGCUAUGGCUCACGGCGAUAUUAAUUAUUUCAUGUUUUGAUGUGGAAAGAGGAAUUCUCUUCUUGCUGAAAAUCUGUAAAGACCUGAUAACAUGGAAGGUUCUGGAUGGGUAAGACUUUUUCAAAAUAUUAUCCAAGGCUGCUCAUAUUGUAAUCUAACAGUGCACAUGGUGAUAAUACAAUGUGCAAGGGUUCUUUUAAGGUAAACCAAGCAGGAUGACAUCAGGUAUUGCUCCACUUGACUGGAAUCAGCCCUUGACCUUCACCACACUGCUUGGUAUCCCUGGAAGGCAAAAUAUGUGUCCAUGUUUAUUAUCUUUUACUAUCAGUCAGAUAGUUCUGGUAAAGCAGAUAGUGUCGAAACACUUGGGUAAACAAUACAUUAUCCAGCUCCUACGAAAAGAACCACAAUUUAUACUCAGUGGCCACUUUAUUAGGUACACCUGUACAAUCUAUCACAAUUCAAUACAACAGCUCUGCCAUAUAUUUUGCCUUUACAAAGAUUUGAAUCUGUUUUUGUUGACCUAUGCAAACUGUUUAUUACUGAGGCCACAGUUAAAGGUGGUGUUGUACUUGACUACAUUCAUUAAGAGGUGUUUCAAAUAUUUUGUCCUCCCGAUUUAUAUACAUGAGGGGGACAGAAUAUUAGAAACACCUCUUAAUAUAAUGCAGUCCAGUACAACACCACCACUAUGACCUCAGUUCUAAAACAUGUAGUUUAAUCAACCAAACUAGGCAUCAUAAAAGUAGACUUUACAGCAGUUGUAUUGAUUGCAUUAAAUUGUACAUGUGUACCCAAUAACGUGGCCACUGAGUGUGUGUGUAUAUAAUCGUGCCAAACUAUCAUGACUAUCAUGCAGUGUUAGAUGUAUGGAAAUCGUACUUGUUAAUCCUCCUCACAACAUUUGUAAAUAAGCAGAACAAUGUAAACAUUAUAGAAAAGGACUUUUUUAGAAAAGGCGAUUAUAUAGAAAACUGUUUAAUUUAUACUUAUUUAUUUAUAUUCUUUAAUAAGGCCAGUUUUAAAGCAACAUGAAACCUCUACAAGUUCUGAGGAGGUCGAAUCCUCUGCAUAAAUCUCAGGAACAUAUGCCAAAAAAAGGUAAAUGAUUUCUUAAUUACAUGACAGGCAGUCAAAUUAACAUAUGGAAGACAUACUGUCAACGGAGAGGAAACCCAUGUUGACACCAUCCUACGGUUUGACAAUAUUCAGAGUAUUUAAAAUACUAAUAUUUGGCAUGCUGUGGAAGAUGACUUGCUUCAAAGGCCAAACAUUUUUCAUUACGACCUGACAGUUCCAGAUAAGUUGAGAUGUCAUAGGAAAUUCUGUAAGGUGCAGACAUGCACCUUACAGACUGCUUGUAAUUACUGUACUGAGGAUGUAGCAAUUGUAUAGUAUGUUAUUUAACAUGGCAGGUUUAAACAUGCAUUUCAAAUUUAACUUUUUAAUUAUGCUUACUUACUUACACUACCCUGUGAUCUUAAAUAAAAACAUUUUUCCUGA